AUGCAACAACAACAACAGCAGCGUCGAAUGUUCACAGCUGCCCUCCUGGCACUUGUUUUUAUUCUAGCAGCUGUGAGUACCACUGAGGCUGGCAAAAAAGAGAAACCAGAGAAAAAGGUGAAGAAAUCUGACUGUGGGGAAUGGCAGUGGAGCGUCUGUGUUCCCACCAGUGGUGACUGUGGCCUGGGGACACGUGAGGGCACCCGCACUGGAGCUGAGUGCAAGCAAACCACCAAGACUCAGAAGUGUAAGAUUCCCUGCAACUGGAAGAAGCAAUUUGGAGCGGAGUGCAAAUACCAGUUCCAAGCCUGGGGAGAAUGUGACUUGAAUACUGCCUUGAAGACUCGAACUGGGAACCUAAAGAGAGCCCUUCAUAAUGCUGACUGCCAGAAGACUGUCACAAUCUCAAAGCCCUGUGGGAAGCUUACCAAACCCAAACCUCAAGAAUCCAAGAAGAAGAAAAAGGAAGGCAAGAAACAAGAGAAGAUGCUGGAUUAAUGGAGCCAACUUGGGCAGUGUGAGAAAGGGACAUCAGCAAACACGAUCAGUUAACAGUUUCAUUUAUACCUAGGCAUUUUAUCCUAAAAUUAUUUAUAGCUUAAUGGUACAAUAGAAGGAAACAAGCAAACACA